GUGUGCGUAGUCCCUUAUAUCUGAACACACAACUGCGUCAGUGGUCACGCAACUUUGAAGAAACGUAGUGAGACCCCGGAGCCACUUGUAAAGCGGUUUCGACGCCGACAAACAUCAUUCAAUAAUUGUAACUCAGGGUGAAGCAAUAUCCUUCAACAGGAGAAUGGCGACAGAUGUAAGAGGUGUUGUUCUCUCCGGAACUGAUCUUGCCAAGGAAAUUCGAGAUGAUCUGACAAAACAAGUAUCAUCCCUCCGUUCAAAAUUACCGGACUACACUCCGGGUCUUGCCAUUGUCCAGGUAGGUGGACGAGAAGACUCCAACGUCUACAUCCGCAUGAAGAUCAAAGCGGCAACGGAAAUCGGGAUAAAUGCUACUCACGUGAAAUUACCGAAUACCACCACCGAGAUGGAAUUGCUCAGUAAACUUGACAAAUUGAACAACGAUCCGGCUACUCACGGUAUUAUCGUCCAGAUGCCCCUUGAUAGCGUCAACAGGAUCAACUCUCAUCUCAUCACAGAUACGGUGUCACCUGAGAAGGACGUUGACGGGCUCAAUACGAUCAAUGAGGGUCGAGUGGCGAUCGGCGACAUGACUGGCUUCCUCCCCUGUACUCCCAAUGGAUGCAUCGAGCUCAUAAAAAAAAGUGGAGUGCAAAUUGCAGGAGCGAAUGCUGUUGUCCUGGGGAGGUCUAAAAUAGUGGGCACUCCAGUAGCUGAAUUAUUAAAGUGGCACAAUGCCACCGUCACAGUGUGUCAUUCCCGGACAAGGGACUUGUCCAAAGUGGUGGGUCAAGCUGACAUCCUCGUCGUUGGAAUUGGACAACCGGAGAUGGUUAAAGGAUCGUGGAUCAAACCUGGAGCUGUUGUUAUUGACUGUGGAAUUAAUGCUAUUCCAGACGCGACAAAAAAAUCUGGUCAGCGUUUAGUUGGCGAUGUGGAGUACUCCACAGCCAAGGAGGUCGCCUCCUACAUUACUCCAGUCCCCGGGGGUGUUGGCCCCAUGACAGUGGCUAUGCUGAUGAAGAACACAGUCAUCUCCGCGGAACGUGCAGCCCAGCGUCUGCUGUCCACCACGUGGAAUCUGAAGCCCUUGCCCCUGAGGCCACAAACACCAGUGCCCAGUGACAUCGAGAUCUCUAGAGGUCAAGAACCGAAGCCUAUCGUCUCCCUCGCAGAGGAAAUCGGCAUUUUCCCGAACGAGAUCAGUCCCUACGGCUCGAAGAAGGCAAAGGUGAGCCUUCGUGUACUUAAGCGCCUUCAGAACCAGAAGAAUGGGAAAUUCGUGGUGGUUGCAGGCAUCACUCCGACGCCUUUCGGCGAGGGCAAGAGCACCACGACCUUGGGACUGGUACAGGCCCUCACAGCCCAUCGCAACAAGAACUCUAUCGCUACCUUGAGACAGCCGAGCAUGGGCCCGACUUUCGGGGUCAAGGGGGGUGCAGCUGGCGGUGGAUAUUCUCAGGUAAUUCCUAUGGAGGAGUUCAACCUCCACCUGACCGGUGAUAUUCACGCGGUGACAGCUGCCCACAAUCUCUUGGCAGCCCAAAUCGACGCGAGAUGGUUCCACGAGUCCACUCAGACCGAUAAAGCUCUGUAUGAUCGUCUAGUUCCCGUCAUCAAAGGCGUCAGGAAAUUCUCCAAAAUUCAGCUAAAUCGCCUAAUAAAAUUGGGCAUCGACAAAACCGAUCCCAACAGCCUAACUGAGGAGGAGCAGUCAAAGUUCGCCAGAUUGGAUAUAGAUCCUGAAAGGAUCACCUGGCCCAGAGUAGUCGAUCUCAACGAUCGCUUCUUGCGAAAGGUGACCAUUGGCCAGAGUCCGACUGAAAAAGGUCGCACUCGAGAGACGAAUUACCGUAUCUCCGUGGGUUCCGAGAUCAUGGCAAUUCUGGCGCUGUCCACCAGCGUCGAGGACAUGAAGGAGAGACUGGGAAAGAUCGUAGUUGGCUUCUCCAAGGCCGGUGUCCCCCUGACUGCCGAAGACUUCGGUAUGACCGGUGCCAUGGCAGUUCUCCUACGAGACGCCAUCGAGCCCAACCUCAUGCAGAGCUACGAAGGAACUCCGGUGCUGGUUCACACUGGACCCUUCGCCAACAUCGCCCACGGAUGCUCGUCGAUAAUAGCUGACGCCAUAGCUCUCAAGCUCGUGGGACCCGAAGGCAUUGUCAUCACCGAGGCUGGCUUUGGCUCCGACAUCGGAAUGGAGAAAUUCUUCGACAUCAAGUGCAGGACCUCGGGUCACGUGCCCAACGCCAUGGUCUUGGUGACGACAGUCAGAGCCUUGAAGAUGCACGGGGGAGGUCCAACGGUGACACCUGGCGCACCUCUCAAGAAGGAAUACGUGGAGGAGCAUUUGGAUCUCGUGGAGAAGGGCCUCCCAAAUCUCCUCAAGCACAUUGAGAAUGGAAAUCACUUUGGAGUUCCUGUUGUCGUUGCUAUCAACGCACAUUCUAGUGAUACUAAAGCCGAGCUGGAGCUCGUGAAAAUGGCGGCAAUCAAGGGUGGAGCUAGGACUGCUGUUGUCUGUAAUCACUGGGCAGAGGGAGGCAGAGGAGCCCUGGAGCUUGCUGACGCUGUCAUCGCAGCUACUGAGGAGAGCAGCAACUUUGAGCUACUCUAUGGACUGGAGUGCAGCAUCGAGAAGAAAAUAAGAACCAUUGCGGAGAAGAUGUACGGAGCUGGAGAGGUAGUGCUCAAUGACAAGGUCAAGGGGGAGAUCGAGGAGUACAAGAGACUGGGGUACGAUAAACUACCCUUGUGCAUGGCCAAGACAUCCAACUCUUUGACUGGAGAUCCCAGUGUUAAGGGGGCACCAAGGGGAUUCCCACUGGAGGUUAAUGAUAUUUUUGUGUCAACUGGGGCUGGUUUUGUUGUGCCCAUGGUAGGAGAGAUCAUGAUGAUGCCUGGACUCGCUACCAGGCCCGCAAUUUAUGAUAUGGAUUGGAAUAAUGAGACUGAUGAGAUUGAGGGACUCUUCUAGACUACAUACGGAUCGAUUAAAGAAUAGCCCUUGAUCUUUAAAUUCUCAUUCCCGGCUAAAAUCCAUCACACUGAGAAACAUGAAUUAUUAUGAGCAGUUGGAAGUAAAUACAACUGACAGAAAUAUUUUGUUCUCAGUGCAUGGGCAAUUAACUCGUUGGUAAGUGAUACGAAAAAUCACUUCUCUUCUGGAGAACACGAACAUUUGUUUGUUAAAAUUAAAUGUAAGAAUAUUUUUGUACUGUUGAGCCCACUGUACGCGUUAAAUCUACAUAAAUAAGAAUGAAAUUA